AUGUGGUUCGCCGGCGGAGGAGGACUGAGGAAGCUCGGAAGAUUCACGGCGGUUUUCGAGAAUGAGAUGAGUUGUAAUUCUUUGUUUGUGAGAUACAUGUCGAGAGAACGAGCAGUAAACGUCCGGAAGAUAAACCCUAAAGUUCCGAUCCAAGAAGCUUACGCCAUUUCCAAUUCUCUCUACGAUCUCUUUAAGCAACAUGGCCCUCUUUCCGUUCCCAACACUUGGCUCCGUGCUCAGGAAGCUGGGGUUAGUGGAAUAAACAGUAAGACUCACAUGAAGCUAUUGCUGAAAUGGAUGAGAGGGAGGAAGAUGCUUAAGUUAAUCUGCAACCAAGUUGGUUCUUCCAAAAAGUUUUUUCACAUCUGUUUCCCUGAUGAUCCUCAACAAGAUGCACCGGUUGCUGCGACUGUGACUGCGAGUGCAACUGAGAACAAGAAACAACCAUCUUCCAAGAGAAGAAGCAAAUAA